AUGUCUACCUCAACAUCACAGACCAAGCCCACAGUGCCAAUCGCACUCUCCGCCGAUGCGAUCGACGAUCUGAUCUAUGACGCUCGCGCAGGCGACCUCGAGGCCCUAAACGAGGACAUCGCCAACCUCGCCAGCCAACACAGCUGCAACGAGUCCCAGAUCGUCGCCUCUGCCAUCGACAUGGCAGAUGAGAGCGAGGGCGGCUCGGGAUCCUGCGUUCUGCACUUCCCCGCCGCGAAUGGCAACGCCGAAAUCCUCAAGACUCUUCUCCAGAAGCUCUCGGCCGCAGAUGCCGCUCAGCGCUCGGCUUUUGUCAACUGCCGUAACUACUCUGGUAACACGCCUUUGCACUGGGCUGCGCUUAACACGCACUUGGAGUGUGUGAAGGCGCUUGUCGAGGCUGGCGCAGAUCUUGAUAUUAAGAAUGAUGCUGGUCAUGAUGCUAUUUUCUUGGCGGAGCGGAAGGCGUGGGAGGCUGUUGAGGAGGAUGCUGAGGCUGUGGCUGCUGAGGGCGAUGCUGCUGAGAUUCAGGAGAUUGAGAUGACGAUUGGUGGGGAGGGCGAGAAGGCUGGUGAGGGGGCUGGUGAGAUGUCUGCAGGCAGACAGGUUGUUGAGUGGCUCUUGAACUCGGAUGUUGCUUCUAGCUUGGAGAAGGGAGCUACUGAGGGUGAGGCUAGCAAAUCUGCUUGA